GGUAAUGUACCUCUGAUAAUACUGAUUUGAUUGCUAUGUCCAUUAUCACUGCGCAGCAUGGUAUACGUUUUUUAACUUCUGAUAACGUAUAUUCUAAUAUGAUAUAAUAAUUCUAUAUUUAAAUGUACACGUACCUCUGAUUUAGUAGUAGUAACAUAACGCUCGCAAAUAGACAGCUGUACGAGUCAAAGACUUGAUCGCACGCACAUUGGAUUGUGUGUUUUUUUUAGUUCAAAAUGACGCCAUCUUCCGCAGGUAUAAUGAUUGUAAGACAACUGGUGAAGUUAAGUUAUAAACAAGUUAAGUCCGCCAAGUGCAUAUCUAGUUCAGCAGUAUACACUUCAUAUGAGAGAGUCUUAAAUGACAUGAAGCGGCGGGUGGCGAGGAACGAGGAGGAUGUUAAACAUGAUGAUCCAAAUUACCUUGGAGCAAUCGAAAGAGAAAGCAGGCGUCGUCAGUAUGGUAUGAUACGAGCAAGAGCAACACAAGAACUAUCCAAGGGUUUCAAAGAAGUGAGAGUUUUAAGCAGAGAUGCAAUGAAACAAUUAAGAUACCUGAGUCAAGAACACCCCGAUGAGUGGACUGUCAAGCGCCUAGCGAAAAGUUUUGAUGUUUCUGAAAUUGCCGUUAUUAGGAUUUUAAAAAGUAAAUAUGUUCCAAAUGUAAGGAGAGCGAGGAAACAAGAUGAGGUGGUGAUAAGUAAUGUUGGGUUACUGGCGCAGGAAAAACAGGAAAGUCAAAAAACAUUGAAAAGCGGUGCUGAUGAUGAAGUUGAUUCGCUGAUGGUGAUCUCUAAAACAAAACAUCAUUCAAAAUUAAAAUUUCAAAAUAAUCAACUUGGUACAUUUACUAAAAUUGCACUUACAAGUGUUCAAGUUACUGAAAAACUUCAGCAAUUGCAACAAAAACAACUGAAUGAAUCUGAUCAAAAAUUGGAACACAGUGAUACAAAGCUGAAUACUGAUGCAGUGAAAGCAAUCAAGAAUCAAAAUAAGACUGAUAAUAUGACAAUUUAUGAUUCUGACAUAUCAGAAAUUGACAUUAGAGAUGAUAACGAUGAAAACACGGAUGAAAUUGAUGAUCCUCAUAUUGGUGAUGAAGAAUAUGACUUCAAGUUAUCUGACGUAAAAUUCUUAAAAAACGCAAAACCCAUGAAAAUUAUCAAAAGUGGAAAUCGGUUUUAUGAUAAAGAAGGCAAUUUUCUCUAUCGUAUAUAAAUAGAGUUAGCCUAUGUGCUUCCUGAGGUCAGUAAUAUCUUCUACAAAUGCAGAGGUUC